GAAUAUAAGUACAGAAGUAGAAAGAUAUUUUGAUUCGAUAUUUUUUAGAGGGUUCUACAGAAACGGGGUAAAAGAUUUGAUUUCUAGCUCGAAAAGGAUCGUGAAAAAUAAAAAAAAAUUGAUGUGUCGCGGGAAUUGUUAAUACAGGUAAAAUUCCUCAUUGCUUAUGGAACGUCCUAAUACUUUGACCGCUUGUUUUGGAUUCGGCGCACAAAUACCGUGGCACGUUUACGAGGGAACAUUGUAGGAUGAAUAACCGGUUACUACCUCAUAGAGUAAGAAGCGACCUCAUCGCUGUUUGGAAUUUCACGGUGACCGCUCGCAGUCUUCUUCGGUCUGUGUAUACGUGAACGUCGCGUACAACCUGCCCGUUCCCGUUCCACGUCUCGCGUUCUAGAACUACCACAGAACAAUGGUCUGCGCGUGCCUGUUGACGAUCGUCCUUGCCCUUUACAUCCUCUUCGAUGUAAACUAUUUCCUUAGAAUCGGUUUCACCAUUGGCGUGGGCAGACUUCUCCACAAGAAGAAGAAGAUAUUCGACACCACCACGAUCUAUGGAGUGUGCACGACGCAGGACGUGGAUCUGGUCUUCAAACACAUGAACAACGCGCGAUAUCUUCGCGAAUUAGAUUUCGCGCGUUUCCAUUAUUACGAUUCAUCUGGUAUAUUCGCGGCGGUCGCUAAAAGAGGCGGAGGCGCGGUGCAAGGAGCAUCUUCGACGCGAUACAGACGACCAAUACCUAUUUUUAUGCCGUACAAGGUCACCACGAAGCUGGUCUAUUGGGAAGGCAAAAAUUUCUACUUGGAGCACGAGUUCAUCAGCUUGACGGACGGUUUUAUUCGAGCGGUCGGUUUGAGUAAACAAACGGUCACGGGUCUCGAUAUUCCGGUGUCCGAAAUUGUUCUCGAGGUCGAACCUAACGCUCAACGACCCGAGAUCACGAAGGAACUGCAAUUAUGGAUAAAUUCGAUGGAGGAAUCCUCUCAAAAGUAUAAAAAAAAGAAUUGAUAGACGCCGUUUAGCUGUAAUCUUUUUACGUUUCCCGUGUUACGCAAUUUAUUAUUUAUUUUGUUUUAUCUAUACGACCGACGAUUAUUUUAAUCGAUAAAUCGACGGUUCUGAAUUUCUCACGUUCUUUUCGAAUAAACGAUCGAUUAGACUGGUGUAUAGGACCUUGUGUUUUCUAAUCUCUGCCAUCUAUUCUCGCGACGACUAAUAAAAAGUUGGUUGAAAUUGGA